AUGGUAGAACAUUUUUUUUUGAAAUCUGUUGAUGCAUCCAAGGAAACAAAGAAUGCAGAAUACAUCUACAAGCUUUUGAAGGAGGUUAUGCAAGAAGUUGGGAUAGAGAACGUUGUUCAAAUUGUGACGGACAACAGAAGCAACUACAAGAAGGCCAGUCAGAAAAUGAUGAAUAAGAACAGAUUCCGACUCUUUUGGACUCCUUAUGUAGCACACUGCAUUGAUCUGAUGUUGAAGGACAUGGGGAAACUAAAAAUUGUAAAAAUUGUGGUUGAUAAGAAUUUUGAGUCUGAGAAAGUCGGUCUUCGAUCCAUGUUCGCAUCUGAGUGGUUUGGGUGGAGGGAAGCAGGAUCACCUGGUGGUAAAGAGGCACAGACAACCAUUUCAUCAGAUGAGUUUUGGACACAAUUGGGUAAAAUGGUGAAAAUCUUAGCACCAAUUGUUAGCGUGUUGAAGAUGGUGGAUUCUGCCUUCAAGCCCACCUUACCAAGCCUGUAUGUUGCUAUGGAAAUGAUGAAAGAACAUGUCUAUGCUGCCAACCCACGUGGAAAUAAGAAAUUUGUAAACAUAAUAGAAGAACGUUGGGAGCACCAGCUCAAACAUCCAUUGCAUAAGACUACAUACUAUUUAAACCCUAGGUAUCAGUAUAGCCAUAGACUUGCAUUGAACCCGGAUCUUCAGGAAGCAGUGAAGCGGGUGGUUGCCAAGUUGCAACCAAGGCCCAGUCUACAAGCCAUAGCUAAUGUUGAGACGAAAGAAUUCAAUGAUACAUUAGGUAAUUUUUUAGCCCUUGCCUCACUCGCGGGUUGUACGAGUACUGAUGCUGGGGGUUCGGCAUCGGAAUUACGGAAGAUCGCCAUCAAAGUACUCUCACAGACAUGUUUUGCAUCUGGUUGUGAGAGAAAUUGGAGUAAUUUUCACUCAUCCACUCCGAAAGGAGGAAUAGUUAGGUUCAGAACGUCUUGCUGA